AUGGCGGGCUUAUCGUUUGACAACUACCAACGCAAUCAGCACUUGGCCAGCACAUCUCACAAGCAGCCUCGGGCGACGUCGACGGGGACGACUAUCGUAGGGGUGAAGUUCGAGGGCGGCGUGGUGAUCGCGGCAGACACGCGGUCCACACAGGGCCCGAUCGUGGCCAACAAGAACUGCGAGAAGCUGCACCGGAUUGCGCCGCGCAUCUGGUGCGCGGGAGCGGGGACAGCGGCGGACACAGAGGCGGUGACAUGGCUGAUCGGGUCGAACCUGGAGCUGCACUCGCUGUACACGGGGCGGGAGCCGCGGGUGGUGUCUGCGCUGCAGAAGUUGAAGCAGCAUCUGUUCAAGUACCAGGGGCACAUCGGGGCGUACCUGAUCGUGGCGGGGGUGGACCCAACGGGGGCGCACCUGUUCUCGGUGCACGCGCACGGGUCGACAGACGUGGGGCAGUACCAGAGCCUGGGGUCGGGGUCGCUGGCCGCGAUGGCGGUGCUGGAGGCGCAGUGGCGCGAGGGCAUGGGGCGCGCAGACGCGAUGGCGCUGGCGGCGGCGGCGAUCGAGGCGGGCAUCUGGAACGACCUGGGGUCCGGGUCGAACGUGGACCUGUGUGUGAUGGAGGUGGGCAAGGACGCGGAGCUGUUCCGCAACUACAUUACGCCGAACACGCGGGAGGCGAAGCAGAACUCGUACAAGUUUGCGCGCGGCACGACCGCGGUGCUGCGUGAGAGCACGCUGCAGAUCUACGACGAGGAGAUCGUGGACACGGCUGCGUAG